AUGGCACCCGCAGCCCCUUUCAACCCACCAUCCGCCGACCUCGCUGGCAAGCCUUUUGUUCCAGAAUGGGUUCCACCCCCUGUCACCAAGGAAAAGCACAACUUUGCCGAGCUCAAGUCAAUCGACCUUUCACUCCUAGACUCCGAGGACCCAGCUGUUGUCGAUGACCUCGUCCAGCAGGUCAAAGUGGCUAUCCGUGAUGACGGCUUUUUGUUCCUCGAGAACUACGGAAUUUCUUUAGAACAGCUCCAUCGCCAAUUCGCCCUUGCACAAUACCUAUACAAUAACAUCAGCGAGGAGGACAAGGAGCGGCUGCUUUUCCAUCCUGACAGCGGGAAAUGGUCUGGCUACAAGCACCCUUAUGGAUUCAAGCGCCACCGUGGAGCACCUGAUGGUAUUGAACAGUUCAACUGGUACAAGCCUGACUGGGAAGACAUCAACCGCGUGCCCACCUGUCUGCACCCAUUCAUGGACGAGAUCGAGGCGUUCAGCAACUAUCUCACUAAGUCCGUCAACCGAAGACUCCUCACCGUCCUGUCGCGCGUCCUGGAGCUGCCCGACGACUAUCUCUGGAACAAUGUACAAUCACACGGCAGCCCGACUGGCGAAGGCUACUUUCGUCAUGCCCUCUUCCGCCCCGUCCAGAAACAAACUCAGGAAGCAUCCAAGGGUCUUCGCAUGCAUGGUCACACAGACUUUGGCUUGACGACAUUGCUAUUCUCGGUUCCUAUCUCAUGUCUCCAGAUUUGGGGCCGCGACGAACAAUGGUACUACGUGCCCUACAAGCCUGGAGCGCUUGUUAUUAACAUCGGCGACACAUUGGAGAUUGUCUCGGGCGGACAUUUCAAGGCUACUCGCCACCGUGUCUUCAGACCGCCCACAGAUCAGUUGAACGAGGAGCGCCUGUCACUGGUAUUGUUUAACAGCUCCAUUGGAGAUCUGCGUAUGGCUCCUGCCCAAGAUUCGAAACUUAUCCAACGAGAAGGUUGCGUCGAGGAGCAAGGCGUCUACAAGGAAUUCAAGAAGCUCACAUCACAGGGCAAGCUUGUGCCCACCAACCGCCAAUGGCGCGAAAUUCAAAUCGCUACGUGUACAGACCCGACAGAUACAGUGAAUAACAGAGUUGGUGCGCAUCAAGUCGUCAUUGAUGGCAAGGUCAUGCAUCAGCGGGAGUACAUGGGUGUCAAAGUUGUCCUGCCUGUAUGA